CACUCCUCUGUCACCAGACAUCUUCCGGGUCGACAGAGAGUUCGCCUGUGCUGCACAGAGCCAGGACUAUCGCAGAGGGAGGGUGCUGUCUGUCCUGUUGAGCUCCUCCUGGUGUGUGAGUGUCGGGUGUGUGUUUGCACCAUGGCGAGCCUCCUCCGUGUUGUGGCAGCUAGCUGCUCGGCCCCUGUGUUCAGCGGAGUUUCCUGUGUGAAGCUGCAGAGCGGCAGUACGAUCAAAUCGUCCUGCCUUCGCUUUUUCAGGACCCAUCAAGCUCUAGGACGUUGUGCCAGUCCAGGUAUUUCAUACAAGCAACUCACAGUCGGUGUACCCAAAGAAAUCUUCCAGAAUGAACGUCGUGUGGCGAUUUCUCCCGCUGGCGUCCAGGCGCUCAUCAAACAGGGCUUCAACGUCGUCGUGGAGACCGGAGCAGGAGAGCCCUCCAAGUUCCAUGAUGAACAGUACACCCAGGCUGGAGCAACAAUUAAAGACAUUAAAGAUGUCUUGGCAUCUGAUGUGCUGGUUAAGGUUCGUGCUCCCGUUUUCAACCCCGACUUGGGUAUCCAUGAGGUGGAGAUGAUGAAGGACGCGGCCACUUUAAUCAGCUUCAUCUACCCAGCUCAGAACCCCGAGCUGAUGGACAUGCUGUCCCAGAAGAAGGCCACCGUCCUGGCUAUGGACCAGGUGCCCAGAGUCACCAUCGCCCAGGGUUUCGAUGCACUGAGCUCCAUGGCAAACAUCGCAGGGUACAAGGCAGUUGUGUUGGCAGCUAACAACUUUGGUCGCUUUUUCACUGGACAAAUCACAGCAGCUGGGAAAGUUCCACCUGCAAAGGUUUUGAUCAUUGGAGGCGGUGUGGCUGGAUUGGCUGCAGCUGGUUCUGCCAGAUCCAUGGGAGCCAUUGUCAGAGGAUUUGAUACCAGAGCUGCAGCGUUGGAGCAGUUUAAAUCUCUGGGCGCAGAGCCGCUGGAGGUGGACUUUAAGGAGUCUGGUGAGGGUCAGGGAGGCUAUGCCAAGGAAAUGUCCAAGGAGUUCAUAGAGGCAGAGAUGAAGCUGUUUGCCAAGCAGUGUCAGGAGGUGGACAUUGUCAUCACCACUGCUCUUAUCCCUGGAAGGCGUGCACCCAUCCUGAUCACCAAACCAAUGAUAGAGAGCAUGAAAGAUGGAUCAGUGGUGGUGGACUUGGCUGCCGAGGCCGGAGGAAACAUUGAGACCACAGUACCUGGAGAGCUGUCGAUACACAAGGGUGUAACCCAUAUCGGCUUCACAGACCUGCCCAGCCGUUUGCCUACACAGUCCAGCACUCUGUACUCCAACAACAUCACUAAGUUGAUGCGGGCCGUCAGCCCCGACAAGGAGAACUUUUACCUCGACGUCAAGGAGGUGUUUGACUACGGGACCAUGGAUCACGUCGUCAGGGGAUCCGUUGUCAUGCAGAAUGGAAAGAACCUGUUCCCCGCUCCCCAGCCCAACAAUGUGCCCGUUGCAGCUCCUCCUAAACCCAAAUCCAUCCAGGAACUGGCGAAGGAGAAGGCUGCACAAGUCUCCCCCUUCAAGGCUACACUCACUACCGCUGGCGCGUACACUGGAGGUGCUGCCACCCUGCUGGGUCUGGGUCUGGCGGCUCCUAACGCCGCCUUCACUCAGAUCGUCACCACCUUUGGUCUGGCUGGCAUUGUGGGAUACCACACGGUGUGGGGAGUCACUCCUGCUCUGCACUCUCCACUCAUGUCGGUCACCAACGCUAUCUCAGGUCUGACGGCUGUGGGUGGUCUGUCCCUGAUGGGAGGCGCCUACACCCCAACAACUACUGCUGAGACACUGGCUGUGCUGGCUGCCUUCAUCUCCUCGGUCAACAUUGCUGGUGGUUUCCUGGUGACUAAGAAGAUGUUGGACAUGUUCAAGCGUCCCACUGAUCCUCCAGAACAUAACUACCUGUAUCUGCUUCCUGGUGGUGUCUUUGUCGGUGGCUACGCUGCUGCUCUGCAUUCUGGAUACAACAUUGAACAGAUGAUGUACCUGGGCUCCGGUCUGUGCUGCGUCGGUGCCCUGGCAGGCCUUUCCAACCAGAAAACGGCCCGUCUGGGUAACGCUUUGGGUAUGAUGGGAGUCGCCGGGGGGAUCAUUGCCACUCUUGGUGCCCUCAAACCGAGUCCUGAGCUCCUGGCACAGAUGAGUGCAGCCAUGGCCAUAGGUGGCACUACUGGCUUGGCCAUUGCUAGGAAGAUCCAGAUCACUGACCUGCCUCAGCUGGUGGCUGCCUUCCACAGCUUGGUGGGGAUGGCUGCCGUUCUCACCUGUGUGGCCGAAUACAUGAUCGAGUACCCCCACUUUGCCACAGACCCUGCAGCCAACCUCACCAAGGUAGUUGCGUACCUCGGCACCUACAUCGGCGGAAUCACUUUCAGUGGCUCUUUGGUGGCAUAUGGCAAACUGCAAGGUAUGCUGAGCAGUUCUCCCCUGACGCUCCCUGGUCGGCACGCUCUGAAUGCCACUCUCAUGGCAGCCUGUGUUGGGGGGAUGAUUCCCUACAUGCUGGAUCCCAGUUUCACCACAGGCAUCACCUGUCUCGGAUCCGUCUCUGUUCUCUCUGCUGUUAUGGGUGUGACCUUGACAGCAGCUAUCGGAGGCGCUGACAUGCCGGUGGUGAUCACUGUACUGAACAGUUACUCAGGCUGGGCCCUGUGUGCCGAGGGCUUCCUGCUCAACAACAACCUGCUGACCAUCGUCGGAGCUCUCAUUGGGUCGUCUGGAGCCAUUCUGUCAUACAUUAUGUGUGUGGCUAUGAAUCGUUCACUGGCUAACGUGAUCCUGGGAGGCUACGGCACGUCUUCCACCGGUACAGGAAAACCCAUGGAGAUCACAGGGACACACACAGAGGUCAACGUGGACCAGACCGUCGAAAUGAUUAAAGAUGCCCAGAGCAUAAUCAUCACUCCAGGUUAUGGACUCUGUGCUGCAAAGGCCCAGUACCCCAUUGCUGAGUUGGUGAAGGUGCUUAAAGAUGCUGGCAAGAGAGUCAGGUUUGGUAUUCACCCUGUGGCCGGCCGUAUGCCUGGUCAGCUCAAUGUGCUGUUGGCUGAAGCUGGUGUCCCGUACGACAUUGUCCUGGAAAUGGAGGAGAUUAAUGAAGACUUCCCUGAAACAGACCUGGUCCUGGUGAUCGGUGCCAAUGACACAGUAAACUCUGCCUCCCAGGAAGAUCCCAACUCUAUCAUUGCGGGUAUGCCUGUGCUGGAGGUCUGGAAGUCUAAGCAGGUGGUUGUGAUGAAACGCUCCCUGGGUGUUGGCUAUGCAGCUGUUGACAACCCCAUCUUCUACAAGCCCAACACUGCAAUGUUGCUAGGCGAUGCCAAGAAGACUUGUGAUGCCCUGCAAGCCAAGGUCCGCGAGUCCGAGAGCCAGUAAGGCGGGACACCUCUGCACAUGGAGCAAUGAAGGUGGCUGACGAUGAGUCAAUGUUUUUCCCAAAAAUAUCUCCACAUUAUGAUGAUCUUUGUCCAAUUGUGACUCUGCCAAUUGAGCAAAGAUGAUUUAAAAGUUUUUGGCUCACCCGUCCUUUCAUCUAUGAAUAAAAGAAAUUGCAAAUUUGCUGUAAUAAGGAACACGCUUGUGCAGUAGGAGCCAAGCAAUGGCGAUAUUGUAGUUUUUCUAUAAGUGACCCCUCUGUGGUAAUGUACUCAGAGACCGAUUAAAAGGCACAACUUUUAUUUCUAGAUAUUAAAGGAAGGAUGGGUCAGCCAUUUGCAUGUGGUCUUUGUAAUGUGGGGAGCAACCGACAAUAUCAUCAUCAUUAUAGACACCUAUAUUAAAGUAAAACAACAAUCAGAAAUGUAGAUGCAGUAAUGUUAAAUUUCACCGUUAAGAUGUUUUAGGACAUUUUAGAUGAAAUGUAAUUAAAGAGGAACAAAAGCCAGGAUGUAAAGGUGAAACCCAAGAGAAAGAGGUAUGAGAGAGUUGAGCACAAAUGUUUUUUCCACACUGUUAACAGUUCUCUCCCACAUUUUCUCAAGAUUUCUUUUAUUAUUGUAAGGUGAUUUGGUGUUCCCCUUAUAGACGGAUAGGUCUAUUGCCUGAAAUGCUAAUUGCUCACCUUUUUUUGUGAAAGUGAAAAGAAAAAAAGCAUAAAAGUGCAACAUUUUUGUAAAGUUCUUUCAGUUCCAGUUUUAUAUGGUACUAAGAGAUUUUUGUAUUCGGUCUAAUAAUUAUCAUCAUAAACCUAGAAAAUCACAUUUUAAAGCCAUAGCCAUUGAGAGAAAUUAGGUCAUGCUGUUUGCUUUCAUUUCACUUAUUUUUGUCUUGUGACCUCCACCUUUGGCUCUUGUGCAGCAAUCACACACGGAUUCAAAAACAUUAAAGAGCCAUUCAAGCCUCCUCUAUCAAGCAUUUAAUGCAGUAAACCAAAUGGAUCCCACCUUUCUUAGUAUGACACCACAGCAGUCUUUCAAUAUUAGGAAAGACUGUACCACUCCUAGAAACACUCUUGUAGCUCUGAUAGCUGAAUGGAUUUAAUGAUGUUUUUGAACCAGGUGCAUCACAUCGUCCUGUGUGGUUCUGAAGUUACAGUACAUGUGAUGCCAGCCUUUGGCCUUUACGGUAAAGAAGGGUGUUGGUAUUUUUUUUUUUUAAGUGAAUGUGGCUCCAUCCACUCCAAUAUGUGUGUCCUCAUUAUUUUUCUAGAGGGAAAUGAAGGAUCACUGUUUGCAAACUAGGGCCAGAUGUUAACCUGACUGUUGUGCAAAGAGUCUCGAGCAACAUUGCACUUAAUUCAUUCAAUUUUUCACCACAUUUCAGAAUACAUGGAUUGUUCAACAUUGUUAUUAAGCAUUUCUAAAUUGAAAUUGCCAUUAUUAUUUUUUUUCAUUUGCCAUAAACUGUGCUUGUGCCUAAAUGUCCCCUUUUACUCUAAAUCUGGAUAUAAUCUAUGGCACAAAUAUAAAUGGAUUAGUUGCUGAAUGACCACUUGUGUAGUUUUGAAAGAUCACUGCCAAAACGGCAGUAGCUCCCCCUCUACACCUAGCUAUCUUAUAACUAAAAACACCUGAAGCUUAGUCCAUUAAGUCUUGAUUUUAAAAUACGGGAUUGCUGCCAUCCUUUUUAUUACUUUUCACAGUUUUGAUGGUCAUGAUACAGUAGAUGAAUUGAGGAGAAGUUUUCCCGUUAAAAGGUUUGAAGAACAAUAUGUCAUGAGGUGGCAGGUCAGAAGUCUUCAUUAUGUUUAAAAUCUAUACAAGUGCUGUAGGAAGUUAUUUGUUAUAGUUUACACUGGGACCUGAAUCAUUGACCAUGACAAGUACUCUACCUCUCCAUAAAAAGACCAAUAACUUUACAGAGGGACCGUCAUCUGACCAAUCACGUUUGACUAAAUCUAACACAGGAUGUCUAAAGGACCAUUCAUUUUCCAUUCACACACCUGAAUUUAACCAAAUGGCUUUAAUGUAUCCUAAACCAGACCAGUUGCCUCCUGUUUUGUGUUUUUCUCAUUGCAUUUUUAACCAUCAGACCUCAGUUUGCAGCUGGAUAGUUUACUGUGUGUGUUAUGCAAGUGUAGAGCUGCAGAUGUCAUUAGCGCUCAUGGGGGUUUAAUGUUCUUCCAGGUCAAUUUACACAAAUACAAUCUUUAGGGACUAUUAAAUUGAGAUUUUGCUUAAUAUUUGUUGUAGCUUGUUGCCAUUUUUGAGGUAUUGAUCAAAUUUAUAGAGAUGGGGAUUAUUACUAGAUUGGCAAUGUGCCCCCAUAUGCCCUUACCUUUUUGAAGUAUUUUUGUAAAGAGGCACCGUAUUUGUGCAGAGAAACAAUGGGGUUUUGAGGUUGUACAAUGCAUCGUGUUUGGAAGAUGAAAUGUACUGUGAAUGUUUUUCCCCUUUUGUUUGCCAUGGAACAUUCUCAUCCCUAAUAAACCUGCAUUUACACUA